GCGGCCGCAGCACCUGCCCGGGACGGAGGGACCAGCAGCAGCACCGGCACCAUGGCUGGACCAUGUCUGUCAAUACACUGGCUGAUCUAAUCAGGACAAGUUGCUGUAGCAUACCUCAACUGUGCCAACCUCUUCCAUAAAUGUUGUGCAUGCCUACUAAUGUACAAGGGAUCUUAAACACAAUCAGUCUUUUGUGACUCUAGCUACGAAUGACUCAUAUGUUAAAGGAGCACUGGUCUUGGGUUCAUCUCUGCAACACCACAGAACAAUAAAGAAACUAACUGUGCUCAUAACGCCUCAAGUCUCUGCUCCCAUGAGUGGACACAACAUUGCUCCAAGAGACCAUUUCCAACUAAAAGGAAGUAAACUAAACUACCUAGAAGUCUACUGCACUCACUGCCACAUGAAGAGCCAUGGCUAAGAAAGUGCUAGAAAAAGUCUUCGAUGAAAUCUUAUUGGUAGAUGUCUUGGACAGUGGAGAUUCAGCCCAUCUAGCACUAAUGAAAAGACCAGAGCUGGGUGUCACACUAACAAAACUCCACUGCUGGGAACUGACUCAGUAUUCAAAAUGUGUGUUCAUGGAUGCAGACACAAUGGUUUUAUCAAAUAUUGAUGAGCUUUUUGAGAAAGAAGAGCUAUCCGCAGCACCAGAUCCAGGCUGGCCAGACUGUUUUAAUUCUGGAGUUUUUGUUUAUCGACCUUCCAUUGAAACAUACAAUCAUCUGUUACAACUUGCCACAGAGAAAGGCAGCUUUGAUGGUGGGGACCAGGGGUUAUUAAACACCUUCUUCAGCAGCUGGGCAACAACAGAUAUCAACAAACACUUGCCAUUUAUUUAUAACUUAAGCAGCAUUUCUCUAUACUCCUACCUUCCAGCAUUUAAAGCGUUUGGUUCAAAUGCUAAAGUAGUGCAUUUCCUAGGAAGAAUGAAACCAUGGAAUUACACAUAUGACUCUAAAACCAAAAGCAUAAAAGGUGACACAAGUGAUCCCACAAUGGUUCACCCAGAAUUCCUCAACAUGUGGUGGCAUACCUUCAUCACCAACAUCUUACCACUACUAGAACAACAUGGAAUUGUUAAAGACGCCACUACAGGUGUAAAGGCGGAAGAGGUUACGGAGGCAGUGUCCCACAUGUCACUUUCAGGAGCAGCACCAACUUCGCCACUAUCUCCCACACCAGCUGAAUCUUCAGAAGAACGGAAGGAGAGGUGGGAGCAAGGCCAGGCUGACUACAUGGGAGCAGACUCCUUUGACAAUAUCAAGAAAAAACUUGAUACUUACCUCCAAUAGAAGCACUUCUAUUGCCGAUGUUCACAGAAAUACAAGGACUUGUUCCAGAGCUAUCGCAGCUAGGAAAGUGUUGAAUAUGGUCAGUUAAGCUUGCCUAGUAGCUUGAUAACUCAUCAGGCUGAAGAUCUUUGCAGUACUACAGGUGAGAACUGAGCAAAAGCUAUAAAGUAGAAAUCCUUGUGCUGGCUGUACCUGCACAAUCAUGAAGUCUUCCCUUUUAAGUAAGACUGCUGGAUAUGCCUAUUUAAAAAUAAAAACAAAACUGGGGAACAGGGCACUAAACUGGCUUGACACUUAUUCCUUUAAACCUGUAGGGCUGUGCUUUACCUCUUAAAAGAUGAAUGGCGUUACUCCUUUUGCUUGCUAUCUUAUAUAGGAGACCCUAUAUUUUUUGGGAUUGUUUAGAAGUUGAAGUGGUUGCAACACUGCCUUACUGUAAAUGUUAGUACUAAACUGUUAGCAUACAUGCAAACUUGAUACAACUUCUAACAGCAAGGGCACUGCUUUACGGUAUUAGUCUCACACUGAAGAUCUUGACCAGGUUUUUAUGUACAGUACAUACAGCAUGGUAGAAUGUUUUAGUUCUGUAUACUAGAGGACUAGUAAAACUGAGUUUUACCUGUAAUAUUGCACUCAUUGCAAAAUAAAAAACUCGUGAUGCAUUUCU